AUGGAGGAAAAAGCUUCUGCUUUUAAUUCCAGCAAAUCCCUUGAUGUGGAGUGUAGUGCAUGCACCGGAUGGAAGCGCAAAGCAGAACAGACCUGCCUGGAGUGUCUUUCUUCAUACUGUGAUUUUCAUCUCGACCUGCACAACACUCUGCAUGUUGGAAAGAGGCACAGACUAGUUGAGGCGAUUGAAGAAUUGCAGGGGAAAAUCUGCCCUCAUCACGACAAGCUUCAGGAGGUCUACUGCCGUACAGACCAGCAGUGCAUCUGUCAUCUGUGCAUUACUGAUAACCAUAGAAGUCAUGAUGUCAUUGCAAUAGAGAUGGAAGUGAUGAAUAAGCAGAUCGAGUUGGUAGGGUUGCAGAGCGACACCACUGACACAAUGAAAGCAAUGGAGAAAGACAUGCAGGACCUGAGAGGAGCCGUUGAUGCUUUCAGGACCUCAGUCCAGGAUACGCUGCAGAAGAAUGAGAAAAGUUUUACUGAGUUGAUCCGGUCUAUGAAGGACAUUCAUAUCAAAGUUACAAAGUUGAUUGAAGGUCAGGUGGAGGCUGUGGAAAAACAAGUGGAAGAAUUCAUAGAGGCAUUACAGCAGGAGAUCAAUAAUCUGAAGGAUGUAGAUGCUAAACUACAACACCUGGAACUACUUUCUCGUUCAAACGAUGAUGUCAGGUUUCUUGAGAACGCUGUGCAUUUUCCAUCUUUGAUCGCCUAUAAGAAAUCUUUCAUUCUCCUUGAGCAUCCAUACUGUUCAUUUGACCGUGCCACUGAAGCAGUCACUGAACUAAUAUCAAAGCUAAAUAUAGAAAGCCAGUGGAGUUUAUUUACGAUCUCUGGAAGAGUGAAAACCACUAGAAUUGUGACACAUCUACCACCUCACACACGAGAGGACUUUUUACGCUAUGCAGCAAAGCUCACUUUUGAUACCAACACAGCACACACAAGCCUCCACUUGUCAGAUGAGGACAGGAAGGUGACUGCUUCACAUUUGAUUGCAGACUAUCCUGAACACAAAGAGAGGUUUGACUCCAGAGCACAGAUCUUGUGCAACGAGGCCCUCAGAGGGUCUCCGCAGUAUUGGGAGGUGGAGUAUGGUGGCGGGUGCUGGGUCUGCAUUGCUGUGUCUUACAAAGGAAUUUGUAGGAAAGGAAAACGGGGACCACUCUUUGGAAGAAACUCAUGUUCGUGGGGACUACGUUGUAAUGCCCUUUCAGUCAAAUUCUGGCAUGACAAUAAGGAGACAAAUGUUGAAGAAUGGUCUCGUUGCUACAGAAUAGGAGUGUAUUUGGACCACAGUGCUGGGAUUUUAGCAUUUUACAAUGUUUUGGACAAUAUGAGUCUUAUUUAUAAGACUCAGACUGUGUUUAGUGAGCCUGUCUAUCCUGGGUUUGGACUGGCAGGGAAAGGUGCUAACAUGAGACUUGUGAUUUAAUGAAAAAUGACCCUGUAACAUCCCCUUUGUCUGGAUUUUGCAUUUUCUAUUUCACAAAAUGGCGACACGGACCGGUAGUAGGGGAAAAAUUUUUCCGGCCGCACUGCCGCCAUAGCCAUUCAUUCAGCUUGUUUCUCACAGGUAUUCAUUUUAUUUACCAAAACAAAGUAUGCUUUCCGAUUUAUUCAUAGUUAACUGGGAGAUGUAAAAAUAGGGAAACCAAACAUUGCAAAAACAUUGUUUUUGAUCGAUUCAUUUAUUAUCAAGGUCUGAUAUAUGUUACACAAAUUCUGGUCUCCGCAACUGUUCUGUGUAGUGAACGGAGCUAGAGCAUUGACCGGACAAGCAUGUACCCUACUUCCGGUUUGUACACGUCACGAUGUGAAAUAUGUAUUGCAGAUGUAAAUUUAAGAUAAUAAGAUUAUAAAUUCUGUAUUCAGACUUUUAUUAUUAAGAUUUGCAUAGACUGCUCUAGCUUGAAAGGAAUGGUGCAGUUUCACAUUCACACACUUGGUGGCAGCACUAGAUAAGUUUCAAAUAUAAUCUUUUUAUGAAUUUUACUGUGGUUAAGAACAACCCUAGAGGAAAAAAACUUUCGUUGCUUUUUCUUAGCUCAGGAGACCUUUAUAUUUAGUCAUUUAGCAGACUCUUUUAUCAAAAGCCACUUACAAAGAGUUUAGGGAGCAAUAAGCGAUAUGUCAUACAGGAGCAAUAAUACAAUGGGUGCCGAUACAAAGUCACUGGUUUCAACAAAAGCUACCUGUUGAGAGAAAGAGAGGGUUAGUGUUUUUUUAUUUAUUUGUCUGUCAAGUAUUCACAGAAGAGAUGGGUUUUAAGUAGUUUUUUUUAUAUGUCUAGAGGUGUGGUUGUGGAAGGAGUUGUGAAUGAGAAUGAGCUGGAAAGCGAUUCACUGCCCUUAUGGGAAAGCAAUACAAGACGCCACUGGUUUGCUGAAUGCAGGGAUCUUGGUGGGGUGUAGGAGUGUAGGAAGGUGUGAAGGCUGCAGAGACAUAUUUGAUGUCAGUCAAAUGAGAGAUGUCUAAGAGAGUCAAAACAGAGAUUGUGGUGAGGGAAUAUUGGGAAAUCUCUUUAUUGUCUGAUUUAGGUAUCAGCUUUGUCUUCCCGUGUUUCUCCUAAAAUCCAUUAGAACAAAUAAAAGUAGACACAACUGAGACAUGAGAAAUAUCUGAGACUUAGUUGAGAUUCUUAUUUAGCUCUCAUUGUAGUAUCAAUGUUUUUCACAUUCAUUGGACAUGACCGUAGGAUGAGAGACAGGAUGGGAAGAGGAAAGUACAUUUAGCUGGGAUUCUUGUGCUGCCGGAGGUGUUGAGGUGCACAAUGCUGUUUCUGACAGGGCUGAUAUUAAGGGCUGAUAUUUUCUUACAUGUCUCAUUUAUGUACCAGCUUUGUCUUCCAGUGCCAGCUGCAUAUAAUUUGUUGAAUAGUAAUUUAAGUACAAGCAGAAGUUGCCCUAGUAAAAAACAAUUCAUUUAAAAUAGA